AUCGACACCUUUGACAGCACCGGCUCCACGCCCCUUCACUUGGCAGCUCGGAUGAACCGUACCAGAGAUGCCGAGAUGCUCGUCGCUGCGGGUGUCGAUGUUGACAUCAAGGCUUACCAUGGCCGGACGGCUCUCAUGUUUGCUGCCAACUGCGGCGAUGUUGACACGGUCAAGGUCAUCCUCAAAGCCGGCUGCAACCCAAACAUAACCGAAAACGAU